AUGCUAUCCAUUCUGUCCCAAGUGGCAUACUACUAUGCUACAGACCGGACAGGCUAUCGGCCGAGGUUCUUACCUGCGGCGGUCCUGCAAGCAUGUUAUCUCUCGCGCCUGCUGGCACAGGAGCGUUGGACGCUAGGCAUACCUAAUGAUGCUACUGUUAACAAGAAGGUGUAUAUUGAUGUUGGGAGGGAUGCAAUCUUCUACUUUGGUCCUCCGCAGCAUGAUGAUAGUAGCUUCCGCGACCUCCCCGUCGAGAUCAAAAUCAUGAUCUGGAGAUUCGCCAUCCACGCCGUCCCAGGCCGCGACGUAAUCAUCCACCACAGGCCCCUCCCCUACAUCCCCCUACCCAUCCCCGACGUCCUUCCACGAACCGAGAUCACCUCCAGCACGCCAAUCCCCGCCGUCCUACACGCAUGUCACCUCUCGCGGCUGCUGGCGCAGGAGCGGUGGAUGUUAAGCUUGGGAGCACAUGCGGCUGCCGAGAAGAAGGUGUAUGUCGAUGUGGAGACUGAUUCGAUUCAUUUCCCGGUCCAGACGUUGUUGAUGAUCUGGCACCAUGAUGGGGAUUGGGAGGAUCUGUUGAGGUUUGCUGGGAGGGAGAAUAUUCAUGUGGUGGGGGGUUGGCAUGGCUUGAAUCCUGAGCUCACGCAUUAG